AGAUGAAGCUGAAAUGGAGUAUUUGAAGAUAGCUCAGGACCUGGAGAUGUACGGAGUGAACUAUUUCGCUAUUAGGAAUAAAAAGGGCACCGAGCUGCUGCUUGGAGUUGACGCCUUGGGUCUUCACAUUUAUGACCCAGACAACAGGUUGACACCUAAAAUCUCCUUCCCGUGGAACGAGAUCCGGAAUAUCUCAUACAGUGAUAAAGAGUUUACGAUUAAGCCGUUGGACAAAAAGAUUGAUGUUUUUAAAUUUAAUUCAUCAAAGCUGCGUGUGAAUAAGCUGAUUCUUCAGCUGUGUAUCGGAAACCAUGACCUCUUCAUGAGGAGGAGAAAGGCAGACUCGUUGGAGGUCCAGCAGAUGAAGGCACAGGCCAGGGAGGAGAAAGCCAGGAAACAGAUGGAACGGCAGCGCCUGGCCCGAGAGAAGCAAAUGAGAGAAGAAGCUGAGAGGACAAGAGAUGAGUUGGAGAGAAGACUGAUGCAGUUAAAGGAAGAGGCAACGAUGGCCAACGAGGCCCUGAUGAGGUCUGAAGAGACAGCAGACCUGCUGGCUGAGAAGGCUCAGAUCACGGAGGAGGAGGCCAAGCUGCUGGCUCAGAAAGCAGCUGAGGCUGAACAGGAGAUGCAGCGAAUCAAAGCCACGGCCAUCCGGACGGAGGAGGAGAAGCGACUGAUGGAACAGAAGGUGCUAGAGGCAGAGAUGUUGGCACUGAAAAUGGCGGAGGAGUCGGAGAGGAGGGCGAAGGAGGCUGAUCAGCUAAAGCAAGACCUUCAGGAGGCUCGAGAGUCUGAGCGGAGAGCAAAGCAGAAGCUUUUGGAGAUCACCAGCAAGUCGUCCUAUACA